AUGGUGUUUCGACCCGAGGCUGCCGCCAAUUGGUUUCUCACAUGGGAUGAGGACGCGGCCGACGCCGGCAAGUCCUUCCUGCUGCAGGUCAAGAUAGCCGCCCUUUCGUUCCGCGACCUGCUCAGCGACGGCAUCAACUCGUACGCCACCAUCUGCCGCCAGCGGAACGGCCCGGACUCGGCGUGGGAGCUGCUAGGGAAGACCGCCAUCAUCAAGGACGACCCCAACCCGGAGUAUCCGGAGGGCUUCCGCGUCUUUUAUGAGCAGGACUCCAAUUUGUCCGAGGACCUGCUCAAGGUCAUUUGCUACCAUAAAAGGGACGGCCUGGGCCACGAGGACGUCAUUGGAAUCGCCUGUAUCUCCGUCAGGGAGCUCGUCCGCACCUUUGGCACCAGGGUCCAGGUCGAGCUGCUGAGGAAGAAGUCCCAAAAAGUCGCCGGCUCUAUAUGCUUUAUGGGCGAGGCACUCCCGCACCACUCCCCGCGCGGCUCCAAUACCACCUUCGACUUUCAUGUCGCCGCCAUGACCCCGCGGAAGAACGACGGCAAGUACCAAUUCGCCAAGAUGUUUCUCGUCAUUUCGAGGGAGCGCGACGACAAGACCUGGGGCAUUGUGUAUCGGAGCGACGUCGUGAAGAAGCUCGCCAUCGUCAAUCUCACGAAGAGCAAGCACCAAAUCGUGUUCAAACCAUUCCAACUGAGGCAGGCCGAGUUCGUACUGGGCAUGACGCCGAAGCGCAGGAUAAAAUUUUCCUUCUUUCAAAAGGGGAGGCGCGGCGAGCCGCACAUCAGAAUCGGGCAAGUUGUCACCAGUGCCGAGGAACUGCUGCAAGACUUUGCGGAAGACACGAGCUUGGACUUUAUGUUGGACGACCGCGUCAUUGGCGAGUUUGCAAAUGUCGCCCGCACGGAGGAGAAAAACAUCACCAAGUUGAACAUCGAACUCAACUACUUCGACUCGGAGCGCGAAGCGCGAGAGAUCAAGGAGCGCGGCAAGCGAAAAGUGAUGAAUCUCAACAGCCCAUGACACACGCCAUGGACAAGCCGACGCAGUGCUUCGGCAUGGUUAACAGCAUUGAACACUCGCCCAAUCCGUCUUGCAAAUAGAUAACCCGCAUCUUCUGCAUGCGCACCAGAGAUCGGCUACAGUCCAGCUUCUGCCGCACAACAACAACUUACUCGAUUCUUUAACGGUCAAACGCGAUUGAUGAACCAUGUAACUUGUUCUUCUUUUUUUCGUCAACCUUCAGAGGCUUUUAUGCUUUCGUGAAAACAAAUAUAGACUGCUUCGAUCGCGGUGUUGCAUCGCCGUGAAUUAAUCAUACUUGGGAGGACUGCUUGUGAGCAUUGUUGAACUCCACUUGUUGACCGAGUGAUGCAACUUGUAAGAUUUAUCCACGUAAAUUUUAGUUUUCUCA